CGAGCGGCAGACCGGGCUCUCGCGGUGCCCGAAUCGAACACUCUCGGUUUGUGAGGAGCUAAGGAGCCACAGCAGGAGUGAACACUGGACGGGACGGAUUCAAGAGACGAGGAUCAGAACAAAAGUCCAGAAAGAAGAGCAGAGUCGGUUUUUUUCAGCGAGCUCGGUCAAAAGUUGUUUCUCUUCGGGAAAACGAGCGGACCCAUCCAGCUCUGGAGGAAACACGCUGCUGUCCGGGCGGGCUGGAAACAACAUUCCGACUUAGGAUCUAGAAGAUUGCCAGAUCCGGUCUGAGCUUCAGACGGCAAACUUUGAAGCAUGAGCUCCUGAUUUUUGGACAUCUUUCCUCUGAUUGGUGUUUGGGACGAGGCUUGGGAGAGAAGUGAAGUCCUGGGAUGAUAACGCUCGGCCAUUGCGCCGUCUCCCCCUUACCUCCAGGAGGAGAACGCUGGACGACACACUGAGAGUGUGUGGCUUGUCCGAUGCAGUCAGGCUGCCAUGGCUCUGGUUCAGGCACUACCUGUGAGUGACCAUCCCAAUCCAGGUCUCGACCUUCAUCAGUGCCGACCGCUGUCCCCCCACUCUCCGCCACAUUCCUGCUCCGGCCCCUGUGGACCCUGCAGCUCUGAGACAGCCAUGGGUUCGGUCAGCAGUCUUAUAUCAGGACGGACGUACCAGGAGAGGCACUGUAGGGCUGCCAGCGAAUUCUCCACCAAAGCACGUCGCUCCACACCAGCCACCAGCUGCUUUCGGCUGCAGGACAACACCCUCCGCAGUGGGAGCUCCUUAGAGCAGCUGCUUGUUAUCAGCAACCAGACGCAGCCUCAGGCUCAGGUUCUGCCUCCACCCCUACCCACCAAGAAGCAGCCACGUCCUGGAAACUCUGCUGGGGCAGGUGGAGGUGGAGCGGCUGCUGGAGCAGUAAGCGGUGGUGCUAAUGAGAACUUUAAUGGGUGUGUAAAUGAGAAGGUGGUGGUUGGAGACUGGAAUGACAACCUGGUGCCUACCGCUGCUAGUCCCUGCAGUGACUCAGAGGACCAAAAGGACAACAGGACUGUAAAUGGAAACAUCGGAGGACCUCCUCCAAAACUCGUCCCCGUGUCUGGACAGUUAGAGAAGAACAUGGAGAAAGUGUUGAUUCGUCCUACAGCAUUCAAACCAGUUGUUCCCAAGAACCGUUACUCUGUGCAGUACCUGUCUUCACGGACAGGGGGCAGCAGUCUGUCUGAGAGCCAGGGCAGUCUAAACCUCCUGUUGCCCCUGGGAGUCCCCAACAGCACCAGCAGCACAAACUGUAACGGCGGAAGCUGUGUCUCCAGCAGUGAGGGGAAGCAUAGCUCCUACAGCGGAGGGCGAAAUGCUCGAAACAGCCAGUCCUGCUCAAUGUCAGACUCAGGAAGGAACUCCCUCUCCAGCCUCCCUACUCACAGCAGCACAGGCUACAGUUUGGCCCCUAGUGAGGGAUCCAGCUCAGGUUCUGGCUCUGGGGGUCAGGUGGAACCUGUUCCAGGCGUGGGACGCAACACUUCAGGUGGAAAGACGAGUCACGGUCACAGUAAUUCAGACAGCGGGCGUUCCUCCUCCAGCAAGAGCACGGGCUCAGGGUCACUGGGUGGGCGCGGGCAGCCCCUGUCUGACAGCGGGUCCUGCGGCCGCUCGCCCCCACCAGCGGAGGGAUACGAGGCAGUGGUGAGGGAGCUGGAGGAGAAGCUGCGGGAACGAGACCUGGAGCUCCAGCAGCUGCGAGAAAAUCUGGAUGAGAACGAGGCGGCCAUUUGCCAAGUGUAUGAGGAGAAGCAGCGUCGCUGUGAAGGGGAGAUGGAGGAGCUGAGGCAGAACUGUGCUUCAAAGAUGAAGCAGGUGUCUCAGAAAGCUCAGAGAGCACAGCAGGUGCUGCAGCUACAGGUAUUUCAACUGCAGCAGGAGAAGAAGAAGUUGCAGGAGGAUUUCUCCUCUUUGCUGCAGGACAGAGAGGCGCUGGAGAGGAAGUGUGCCACCAUCCAGAGGGAGCAGACUCAGCUAGGGCCCCGUCUGGAGGAGACAAAAUGGGAGGUGUGUCAGAAGUCUGGAGAGAUCUCCCUCCUGAAGCAGCAGCUGAAGGAGAUCCAGUCAGAGCUCAGCCAGAAAGCUGGAGACAUUGUGGUCUUGAAGGCUCAGCUGAGAGAAGCUCGGUCUGAGUUGCAGGCAAGUCAGGCUCGAAGCCAGGAGGCUCAGACUGCCCUCCGAACAAGAUCCCUGGAGCUGGAAGUCUGCGAGAACGAACUCCAGAGGCGAAAGAGCGAAGCCGAGCUUCUCCGAGAGAAAGUCAGCUGCAUGGAGGAAGAGUCGGCCCGGCUCCGGGACACCCUGUCCAAUCACACUGGAUUCUCUUUAACUGGAAACUUAACCAAAAAGGGGCCCGGCAUGAGCCUGCCCGGCAUGAGCCUGUCCCUCCAACAAGGUAGAGGGGUGUUAGGGAGGGGAGGUCCCAGUCCCUCCAUGUACCGGGACGGAGAGGACGGCUACCUGGUCUGGGCAGGAGAGAGCGAUGAGGCCAAGGCGCAGAGGCAGAAUGCAGAAACCUUACUCGGACUCAGACAACAGGUGGAGAGGCUGAGAGCUGAGCUCAUGUUUGAGAGGAGGACUAGUGAGGAGCAGCUGUCACGGUUUGGCGAUGAGAGGAGGGUUUGGCAUGAGGAGAAGGAGAAGGUAAUCCACUACCAAAAGCAGCUGCAGCAGAAUUACAUCCAGAUGUACCGGCGUAACCGUGACCUGGAGCGGGUGAUGAGGGAACUGAGUCUGGAGCUGGAGAACCGGGACAUGGAGGAUUACGAGGUCCGCAGCGGCAGCAACGACAUCCACUUUGAGGAGAUAACAGCCACAGAGAUCUAAACACAUAAAGUGAUCCGUGCACAAGAUGUGGACAAUACUCACUGAAGUCUAGGAAGAUCUUGAACUCUGGGCCAAAAACCACACUGUCUUCCAUAUGGAGCACUAAGCAUGCUCACACUUCCUGUCACUGUUAAAGGGGACAUUUUCCAAAGGUGUAUAUUCAUUACUUCCUGCUAACCGGUGAGUUCCAGUAGAUCCUUAAGAGAUCUUUUACUGAGGUUUUUUUUAACCACGUUAAAGCCAGCACAAGGACUGCUUCUCUUCUUUGAGGAAAAAAAUAAGAGAAAAGUUUAGAUCUCAGAAUAUUUUCUAAUCAGGGUAUUUAAAAUCUAUAAGAACUUUAGGCAAAAAAAUCCACCAUAUGCAGCGAAACUUGGUCUUUAUGCACUCGCAGCUUCAAACACCGGGGGCACAAGCGUGUUCGUAGUCUUGCAUCUACACAGCACUGCACCAAAAUCUCCAAAGAAAGAUCACGAUCUGAUGGUGUUGCUCGACUGUUGACUAUACUGACUUUCAAAGGGAUACAAUUUUUGCUUGCUUUAGCGCCCCCUAGUGUCCGUUAUUAAUUCACUGGUAAAAUCAGAAAUGAAACUCGUUGUGAGUUUGUCUUUUUAAUAGUGGUGCACCAAUCUAUCAGCCCCGAUCUCUGUAGUUUAUUUUUUUUUCAAGAUUGGUGAUCGGCCAAAAGCUGCAAACGGUGCACCCCUAGUUAAUGUUAAAGCAAAUCAUUGCUAUAGAAUAUUUUUUUUGGACAAGUGUGUCAAAACAAGUACAAAAUUUUGUUUUCAAAAUUUGAAAAAUGAAAGUCUAAAGGAACCAAUAUGAUUUUGUAGUUCAAACAGCAAUGCUAAAUAUUUUCAUUUAUAUUUAAGAACAUUACCUCAUGUCCAGUUGAAACUGGUAUUGUUUCAUGAGUAUUCAUAUUGGUUUUCCCAACAAAAGGAAAUUGAAACAUUUACGUAAUCUGCUUUUAAUUAAGACAAAAUCGGUAUCGGCAAGUCAGGUUUUUCUCAAGAUCGGUUGAUCGGCCAAAAACUGCAGUCGGCGCACCCCUACUUUUUAACACCGCAAUCUAACUGCUGAGAUGUCGCUUGAGCUUUCAUUAGUUUCUAGAGGGGUGAUUCAUCGCUAAAUCAAACAAAUCAGCUGUGUUCAUAAUCUAAAUAACGUCCUGUAGGCAGACUCCAGCUCCACUCCUCUCCACAGCUGCAGAGCCUAAUGCGCUGCUGCACAGGUGGUUCAACCACUGAAAGAAGUGCGCUGGAGCAGAGAAACCACUAAAACAUGCUGGAUACCAGCCCUCCAGACCCGGAAUUGAAUACCUCUGCUGUAAAAGGUCAAAUGUGAAAAGGUUGCUUAGUAUCCCUUUAAUUUUACAGAUUGUUAUUAAAGACAAAGACAUGCAGUACAAACAGUAUUCAUCAAUAACAGAUGCAAGAAUCUGCACACUGUGGCGUUAUUCUGCACCAAUUUUCUGCCCUAUUUUGUUUUUUAUCCUUCAGUUUUCUUUGGAAAAAAGUCAUCUGUUUAUGUUUUGUCAUUCGUCAAACGACAAAGGCCCAGGACUGAAAAGAUAUGUUAAUUAGCCAUCAAUUUGUCCCCUCAUUCAGCCACUUCUUUAGCUGUAUAAUGCAGUACAGCGGGGCACGUAUCUCCAUGUUUGCUCGUUCUUCUUUUUUCUUGACUUUUUUUCUGUUCCUUCACUUUCUAUUCUUCUUUCUCUACUAUUUUUAUAACAGCAUCCCGGCAGUUGGUGUCGGUAUGCUAAAAAUAGGUCAUGUUUACCCUACAGUAUUACAGUCUGGAUUUGACAAUGCAGAUUUCAAACAUGCUUUUCUCCAAGUCUCUACUUUUGUUGUGAUUUUUUUUCCUGUCACUCCCAUUAGUGCCCUUCAUGUAGCUACCAGCAACACAAAGCCAGUCACCCUAGUCCCUGCGGAGCUAAUCUUCACUAAUUGCUGUAAGCAGUGAUAGAGGAAUGGAUGCACGUCUUAGUUGUGGGAUAUUUCAGAAACAAAGCUGGAUCAGGUGAGGUGAGAGUAUGCCGAGGGCUGUAGCUCCAGCCACGACUGUGUUGAUGAUGGUUGGCUUUUGUGGUGAACGUAGACAUUCAGCGCUGUGGGCUGCUCUGCUCCGUCCUCUCGCAGUAAUCACGUGAGGGCGGUUUGCAACAGUCAGAGGGCUGCUGAGAACUUUUAUUUUGCAAAGAGUCUAUAUUGAGAAAUGGAAACCUAUACGAUGGAGGAGAGUUUGUAUAUUUUUUUAUAAAUACAUGUAGCACCUGAAGAUAUUUUUGUUGUAAUACUGGUGUAAGUGUGGGUUAAUAUUGUCCACAUAACGUUUCAGCUGACGGAUCAAUCAGAAAUGCAGCCAUCAGCGUUUUGAAAGAGUGCACCUAAUACUGUAAUGCAUGACACGUUAUUGUUUACAUUGUAUUUUCUGUGUUACAUGGUUCAGCUUGCAAUGAAACUGACAGGAAAUCAGUUUUCCCCCCGCUAAUUUUAACCUGCUGUUUCUCCAUUUUAUUGACCUUUUAGUAAAAUGUUACACUCUAAAAAAUUUCAAAUUUCAUUUUCAUUUACUUAAAGCUGCAAUGGCAAAUCUGGAAAACAAGCUAGCUUUUGAACAUAAACACGGUCAUGGAACACUCCCCCCCCAUUGGCUAUCAUCCCUGAGCUGCAUCCACCUGAUACCAUCAGCGACUUCAACUGGCAUUUUUCUUUUUGGAACUCUUAUAGUUUGCCCUAAAGUUGAAGUGGUAGCAGCCGGCUGUUUCUCCUCUGACAUUAAUGAGCAGAGAACCUCUCACACCAAUGGUGUUCUGUUGCAAAACGCGUGAGUCCGUAAGGAGUGGAGGACCCAGGUAAAUGUGGAAGUGCUGCAGUUCGGUGAGAGACAACUGGAUGGUUCAGCUGUUGGUUUUGGUCUGAGCUGUGUUAUUGGUGGAAGUUUUUAGACAAAUACAAGAGAGCCACUUCAUUAGUUUUUUUUUUUUGUUUGUUUGUUUUUUGCUCACCACUAUAUAGUUAUAUUUAUAGCUAUACUAUGUUAAAAGGUUGUAAGUGUUAUGAAAAAGAUGUUUUAUGCUAGCUUGUUUUGCAGAUUGAGGCUUUAACCAAUUUAUGUCAGCUGGUUCCAAUAAACCUAGUUGCUUAGAGGUGCAAUAAGUAAGAAUUUUACAGAGACAUCGUCACAAAACAGUCUAAUGUCUCAAUCAUCGUGAAAACAAAGGUUACACUGAAGCAGAUUCCCUUCUCAGCCUGCUGGAGGGGUGUCAGUUUUUCUGCUUAUACAAAGGCCAAAGAGGGACUUGAUCCUUGUUUACAAACUGUCCUGCCUCUGCCCAUACUUGCUGAUUCCAGAGCCAGUCAUAUGUGAACCCUUAGGGUUGCCAAGUCUUUAACACAAACACUACUGCGCUGGCAUUUGUAAACCGGCACCGGCCAGCAAAGAGCAGCAGGAGCGACCCAGAAGUUAUUUCUUGUAACCAUAAGAAGCCACAGCAUCCUUUUUUGCUCUGUCGAGUAAAGAUGGCUAGAGUUAACGUUGAGCUAACAAUUCUAUCGGUGAAUUUGGGAGGAAAAUAGUCAGCUAAAAAAAAACUCAUAGUGGAGUACCCAAAUUUGACCACAGGAUGUCAUUCCUAUGUCCUGCACCUUUAAAUGUAAAGACUAAUAUAACUUUGUUAUAGGUUGUUUUGUCAGAAGUAAAUGUAUAUCACUGUUUACGUUUAAGCAACUUGGUUUAGUGGAACCAGUUGACCUAGCAUGACUAAGAAAAUUCAACAUUUCAGUUUUUUAACAUGUAGGUUCAUCAUAUAAAAACCAGUUCACAGCUUUUAAUCAACAAAGUGCACUCAUCUUUCUUAUUUUGAGACCUGAUAUAAAAGUAGGAAUGAAGUCAGAUUCCUUUACGUUGCUGAAUUGGCCCCUGUGUUGCAUGGCAGUACCACACUCAUAGUGGUUCAGGAAAGUAUUAAAACCUGCACUGUGUACACCUGCUUGUGGUAAAUCUGUGGGAAGUAGAUUUGUUUAGUUAUUUCUUAGCACGUUCUCGACUGUUAUUCAUCGGCACACUAACAGGCACAGGUGUUGCUUUCACUGACGCUUAAGAGUUCUUUUAUUUAUCACAUCUCAGCUCUAGUCAAAGUUGCAUAACCUCUUUCCAUGUAAAUAUGUAAAACACUAAAUAGUACAAGAGUGUCUUUUAUAUAGGCAGUAUCCGUCUCCAACGUAGCCACUGUGACUAGACCAAAGCAAUAUAACACAUUUAUUUUCUUCACGCUUUCUGAGCUUUUGUUUUUGUAUUUUUUUGGCUUAUAUUGUGUUUUCAUUCAUUCAUAAAGUAUUUAGUUGUCCAUGUUUAUUUUUUAUGUGUACAUUUCUUGUACAAAUGACUGUUUUUAAUUAAAGAGCAAGUUUUCAAACCUUAAAA